CAUGCGCACACGGAGCCCGACGUCACGCACGCAGGCGAGCCGCUGGGGGAGAGUUCGGGAGCUGGCUUAUUUUUUUCCUUCUACGUCAAAUAAAUUUCUCUUUCCCCCCCGUAAACGAUGUCAGAGUUAGACAGCAACCCGUUCGCCGACCCGGUGGAUGUGAACCCCUUCCAGGAUGCCUCGGUCACACAAGCCAUCAGCAAGGUCAAUGAAAUCACCGGAGAGUAUAACCCAUUCUCUGCAACUGAAAUGGGAACCUACACUGGAACAACCAUCCCAGUCUCUGCGGUCUCCCCAUCCCAGCCUGCUGUACUUCAGACCUCUGUGGAGCAAAGUGCACAAGCAACCGUUGCAGCAGCUCAGACUAACCUGAUCAAACAGCAGGAGGAACUGGAGAGGAAAGCUGCAGAGCUGGAGCGAAAGGAGCAGGAGUUGCAGAACAGGAGCACAAGCAGAGACUCGAACUCAGGAGCUAAGGAGAACAACUGGCCACCUCUUCCAAAGUUCUCUCCCAUAAAGCCGUGCUUCUACCAGAACUUUGAGGAGGAAAUCCCAGAAGACUACCGCAGAAUAUGCAAGAGGAUGUACUACCUCUGGAUGUUCCAUGGCGCCACGCUUUUCCUCAACGUGCUGGCUUGUCUGGCGUAUUUCACCGCUGAUGCUGGUAAAGGUGUUGACUUUGGUCUGUCCAUCCUUUGGUUCAUCCUCUUCACCCCUGUGUCCUUCGUCUGCUGGUACAGGCCUGUUUACAAAGCCUUCAGGUCUGACAGCUCCUUCAGCUUCUUUUUCUUCUUUUUUGUCUUCUUCUUCCAAGUGGCGGUUUACAUCAUCCAGUCCGUGGGAAUCCCCUCAUGGGGAAACAGUGGAUGGAUCUCAUCAAUUAGCAUGAUUGGUUCAAACUUGGCGGUCGCUGUGGUUAUGAUGGUAGUAGCUGGUUUUUUCACUGUCAACGCUGUCAUGGGUGUCAUCCUGCUGAAAAUGGUCCACUCCAAGUACAGAAGGACGGGUGCGAGCUUCACCAAGGCUCAGCAGGAGUUUUCCCAAGGAGUCCUGACCAAUCGCACCUUCCAGAGCGCUGCAACUAGUGCUGCCACCACUGCUGCCCAGGGUGCUUUCAGCAGCAACCAAGGGCCCUAAUCUCCUCCCGAAAUACCUGUAGAUGUUUCGACAUUUAACAGAGGUUUGCCAAAAUACAAUCAGAAACUCAUGACAAAAAUCUGCAUUACAAAGUGUAAAAAAAUUGGAAUCUCGAACACAGAAUUACAAAGAACAUUGAAGGACCAUAAAGAGGUGAAACAAGAAGUCAUGGUGAUGCAUGCAAUGCCUUGAACGUGGCUUAGUUGUUGAAUUUUGGACUUUCUUUAUAUUCGUGUGCAAUAUGUCUUAAAGUUACAUCCAUGUGUAGUGCUCCAGGAAAACAGGCUGGUUUUUAAAAAAAUGUUUCAUGUAAAUCUCAACAGUCAAUUUGGAAGCACCAUAAAGAGGCCUUAAGAACAAAUUAGAUGCAUUAAUGUAGGAUUUAGUGAAUUAUUGAGUUCCACCCCAUAGUAUGCAGUCUAUAAAGCAACCCAAGUAUCCUUCUGGUCUGAAUAUUAGUACUUCCAGACUAUCUAUAAAGAUAAAAUGAUUUCAGAUUGUUCUUUUACUUUGUUCUGCUUUCUAAAUUUGAUGUUUUUAUGUAUAUAAGACAUGCACAUGAGCUGAUGACUAAUGAAGGUGAUGGGAUGAAGGUCUGUCUUUGUUCUCUUUUAAUCAGCGUACUGAGUUAUGGAAUGUGUCUAAACAGGUAAAUGAAGAUGUGAUUCGGGGGGGGGGGGGGGGGGCUAUGUUUUUUUUGUUUUCAAUAUUGUGUUUUGAAGGACAAAUUUGUCUUUAGUCGUGACUGAGCCUUGCUGUAAUUACAAAGUAAUGCAUUCAGGUUUGUCACAGAUUUACGGAUGAAUAUUGGACACAAGUGCUUUCAUGAGCUGAAAGAACAUAUUUCCAGUGCACAUAAAUGUGUUACAUCUAGUUACUUGAUGGGUUUUAGGAUUUGUAAGACUUGGCAUGUAAAUGUAUAUAAAACUGACGACUUCUAUAUUUAUGGUACUAUAACACUGAAUCCAAUUUAGACUUUGUGCGUUUUUAAUGGUCAUAGUUUUCUUAGUUUUGUCUUAAACCUUUUGAUAUGAUUGUAUCUCUGUGGAAAGAUGGUCUGGGUGUAGUUUUUCAUGUCAUGAUCAAAUGUGUAUUAAAAUGUAUUGUAAAUAUGUUUAUUUAAACUAUUUACUGGUUGGGUAUUUGUUGGAGACAAGGUUCUGCCUGAACAAGCAAUAAAACGCUGAUUUAAAAUAUC